AUUCCCCAUCCACUUCACGCAAGGACAAAAAGAACUCGAAAACUAGUGAGAGCAAGACAACAAACCAACAGUAACAAAUACCUUAGAGAGAGAAAAUCUAGGCCUCUCUUGGUUUUGUACUUCAAGAAAUUCCAUAUUCUUCUGAUCCCUCUAAGGGACAACAAAACAAAUAACGACAAAAACAACCUCUUGUAAUGUCGCCAACGCAGUCAUGGAAAAGUCCUUCAGGACAACUGCUUUUAUUUCAAAUUUUCCUUGCUCACUUUGCAUCAAAACCCUAGCCCACAACCCUUCAAGAUACCUCCUGCCCGCUGUUGAUGUUUAGGAUUUAGGAUAACUCGUUCACCAAGCUUGGGAAUUUCCAAAAAGGUUUUCUUGGGUUCUCAGGGAAUUUUAUUACCCGCUUGUGAAUUUGAAUUCACUGCUGAUUUUAUAACUGUAAUUCACAGGUGGAACCACUGUGUUUUAUCUGGAAUGGCUCCGGAAGAUGGGGCAUCAUCGCCUCUUCAGUUCUUUCCCUGGAUGUCAAUAUCUCCAGGAUGUGGAUCACCAUACCCGUGGCCAAGGGAACUGAAAUCUGAAGAGAGGGGAUUGUGCCUGAUUCAUCUUCUUAAUGCUUGUGCCAACCAUGUGGCUGCUGGUAAUGUUGAGAAUGCAAAUAUUUGUCUUGAGCAGAUCUCCCACCUAGCCUCCGCUGAUGGUGAUACCAUGCAGCGAAUUGCGGCUUACUUCACUGUGGCACUUGCUGACAAGAUUCUUAAAAAAGGUUGGCCUGGUUUGCACAGGGCCCUCACCUUCACAAAAAAGUCUUUGGUAUCUGAGGAAAUUCUUGUUCAGAGAUUAUUCUUUGAGCUCUUCCCCUUUGUAAAGAUUGCAUAUGUUAUCACAAAUCAGGCCAUAAUAGAAGCAAUGGAAGGGGAGAAAAUGGUUCAUAUCAUAGAUCUCAAUUCAUUUGAACCUGCACAGUGGAUUAAUCUCCUUCAAACAUUAAGGGCCCGGCCAGAAGGCCCACCACAUUUGAGAAUUACAGGCAUUCAUGAACAGAAAGAAGUGUUAGAGCAAAUGGCUAUUCGUUUGACGGAAGAAGCUGAAAAGUUGGAUAUCCCAUUUCAGUUCCACCCUAUUGUGAGCAAACUAGAGGAUCUAGACAUUGAAAGCUUGCGUGUCAAAACUGGAGAAGCUCUUGCUGUCAGUUCUGUACUCCAGCUGCACACACUUUUGGCAGCUGACGAUGAAAUGCUUAAACGGAACUCACCAUCAGAAUCAAAGAAUCCAAUUUCUUACAACUUUCAGAGAGCCUUGCAGAUAAACAAAAACCAACGUACUUUGGGUGAAUGGCUUCAGAAAGAUUUGGUCCAUGUUCCCGGUGCAAGUCCUGAUUCAGCAUUGUCCCCACUAUCUCUAGCUCCUUCACCAAAGAUGGGCAGCUUUCUAAAUGCACUUUGGGGCCUUUCACCAAAAUUGAUGGUGAUUAGUGAACAGGAAUCAAACCAUAAUGGUUCUAGUUUAAUGGAGAGGGUAACUGAAGCAUUGAACUUUUAUGCUGCACUGUUUGAUUGCCUGGAGUCUACUGUAUCAAGAGCAUCAACAGAACGGCAAAGGAUUGAGAAGAUGCUAUUUGGAGAGGAGAUUAAGAACAUCAUUGCUUGUGAGGGCACCGAUAGAAAGGAGAGGCACGAGAAGCUGGAGAAAUGGGUUCUAAGGCUUGAGUUGGCGGGGUUCGGUAGAGUUCCUCUGAGCUACCAUGGUAUGUUGCAGGCAAGCAGGUUGAUGCAGAGCUAUGGCUAUGAUGGAUACAAGAUCAAAGAAGAGAAUGGAUGUUUGGUUAUUUGCUGGCACAGUAGACCCCUUUUCUCUGUAUCGGCAUGGAGAUUUAGAAGGUAUGAUUGAAAGACAUUGAGCGCGUCAGAUUGUAAUUUUCUUCCUGUUUCGUUUCGUGUAAAAAGGAUGUUAAGGUUUUUGUCUGUAAUUGCAUAGUAUUCCACUGAGAACGUUCAAAUAACAUGGCCCUUUGUUUUA